AUGAAUAAUGAAUCUCCAACCCUGAUAUCCUUGAAGGAAUCAAUUAAAAGAGUAGAUCACAAACUCCAAGCUUUAGAAGUACAGUUCAAAGAACUGGACCUCAUUAAGGAUAAUCUGAUACAGAAAUUUGAACAUCAUAGCAAGACUUUGGCAAGUCAGGUAGCUCAAGAUGAGAUGUGGACAGCUGUUCUGGCACUCAGGUUCACUUCAAUGGAACUGAGUAUUUUAUACAGCUAUGUCAUUGAAGCACUCACCUACUUGCACACACUUGUACUGGAGAAGCUGCCAGACUUGGGGAGAUCUCUUCCCACCUUCACCUCGAUCCUUAGACACAAAGUCAGGAAUACAUGCAUUCAAGUUGCAUGGGAAUCUGUCCUGGAGGAGUGUGGGCUGCAAGAAGGAGAAGUUACAGCUCUUUGUACCUUCUUUAUUGCACAUGGUAACAAGUCAGAACACUAUGCUGCGAAAGUGAGGCAGCUCUACAUCAGAGACGCCACGUUCAUGAUAACUAAUAUGGUGAAGAACCAGGCUCUGCAGCAGGGUUUGCUGAGAGCUGUCCAGGUCUCUGAGAAGGGGAAAGCUAUGAGUGUUCCUGAAGAUCAAAUGACAAAUGAGUUGAUCUCAUCAAUCAAAAAUUAA